AUGGGGAAACGGGAACGAGUGGCUUCGGAAUCAGAUGCCAGCCCGUCUGUAGUGAUUUCAAAUGGCGACUUGGAAGCUACAAGGCGGAGGACGGUUACAUAUGGCUUGCAGCCCCCGCCGCGGGCUCGAAUGACACCUUGGACCGAGUUGGGAACGGAUGAGCCCCCGAGUGAUGAUGAUGAUGAUGAGCGGCCUCCACUCCGGAUGUACGCACUUCCCCAUGCUAGUGCAAGCACGGGAACAGCUGGAAGCUUUGGCGUGCGAGCUCCUAGUGCCGCAUCUAAUCAUGACGAAGGUCAUCUCAAUGGACAUAUCGCGGAUCGAGUUAGUGAGCGCAGCGUUUCAACGGGACGGUCAAGGGCGUCCAGUGUUGGGAAUGGGGCUUCUACCUCACGGCAAAAUAGUGGGAGGGGUCGGAGGUGGUCAACUCUACCUAGGAGAUUGACACCACCAGAUAAUAUACCGCCUGCGACACCAUCGCGAAGUAUUCCCCACCCAUAUGCCGCUGCUUCGUCGUCGCCUUCGUCAAAUGAACGCUCUGCUAGUCGGGCCAGUGCACACUCGUUCGGUUCAAAUGGCACAGGAAAGCUCAACGCAACGGGAUGGACUCGCGGAAAGCGGGCAUCAGGAAUGAGUUUUCAAAGUGUUGCGACGAGCAUCAGUGAAACCUCGAGUGCAAAUGCGAGUGUUGGGAGUUUGGCAAUGACGGGAAGUGGUAGGGUUCGCACAUCGAUGCCUCCUCCUCCUAGACCGGCACCGACUACGGCUUUGCCUCCAGCGCCCAGUCCUUCAGGGAGCCCUAAUACCCAAACAUCUUUCAGAGAGUCAAGAGCAUCAUCAGUGUCUUUCCGAGAACCUGUUGAAACUCAAAACGCGUCUUCGAGUAAAUCAUCGUUCAGGGAGUCAAUGGGACUAGGACAACGCGCCUUGAGACUCUCGUUGAUGGCCCCACGACCUCCUCCAUCAGGUGUACUACCUCCCAGGCCAGAUGAACCUCCAGCAGCAGCGCCAACACCAGCAGCCCCAACGCAAGAACCACCGAUCAAAUCUGUCUUCCAGCAUCGCCGAAGCAAUAGUGCUAAUGCAACACCGAGUCCAAGUAGCAGCAUACGCAAUAGUUUUCUUGGUGCCAAGGCGAGAAUCGGGCUUGGAUUAGAUUCCAUUCCGGGAUCACCCGCUUUACCGCCACCACGUGGUCCACUUCCCCCCGUUCCUGCUGCUUCAGCUAGACACACAUCCCUCAAGCUCAAACAGCGGCUUCGGAUACUCAGUGCCCCACCAGCGCCUCAUCCACAGCCUCCUCAGUCUCGAGCCCGACCGACAAGUGCUGAAACUAUCGCGGUCCCAAUUGCCCCUCAAGCCACUCUCGCGAGUUUUUUGAGCAUCUCCGCGUCUACUCCGUCGACACCAGUCACUUCUACGCCGAUUCUCUUGCCAAAUGGGUCGUACGGGACACCUCCACUGGGAACACCCAUCAGCGAAAAAAUCAUUCACUUCAAUGAUGCCAGUUUCUUGCAGAUGUCAGCCUCGAACGCGUCGACGCCUGUCAUUUCGCCGAUGCCAGCUCCAGCAGCCCUCGAAAACAUGAGUAUCAAUGAGCAGGACGAGCCAACCCAGCUCGUCUCGCUUUUGCCUCCUCCUCGUCGCGGGUCUCGCCAAAUUUCGGUCAAAGACCUGGAGCCACGCACACCCACGCCAGACCAAGAAGAAGAAGAAGAGGCUGAGGAGCGCCGUGACUUGGAGGCUGAGGGUGCUGGGCCUGGGCCUGGCAAACUCUUCUCGCUCUCCCGACAUGGCUCUGUGAUUUCCUUGCUGCUGACUACCCCCACUAACCCACCUAUGUAA